AUGGCUAAGGACAAGGAGCGGGCCAUCAACCCUGCAGCGGCGCAGCGGAAACAAGAAAAACAAAAGAGUCUGAAGAAGGGAAAGGCGGAACAAUUGGCACGUCGAAACGAGAAGCUGGCUCGCCGCAACCCAGACCGACUCCAGCGGCAGAUCAAUGAGUUCAAAUCGAUGGAAGAAUCGGGCCAGCAACUACGGCCACGCGACAAGGAAGUCCUGGAAGCACUCGAGCGGGAUCUACGGGCAGUUUUGAAAGCCCGGGAAGCGUUGGGCGAUAAGGCACCCAAGUUCGACCAGGGCGGGCGAGACGGCCCUCACGGCCCCCGGAGAGAAGGCGGAGACCACGUACUGGGAAAGCGGAGGCGAAACAAUGCCUUUGGCCGACAGCAAGAAGAGAGCGACGGAAGCGAGACAGAUGAGGACGUACGGAGGAUACCAAUGCCGCGCGAUACGCCACCGCCUAUUCCACGCGAAUACCAGCGGAAGCGAGGCCCCGCACAAAAUGAGGAUUCAGAUCGUCGGGGACCCCACGCGCUGCCGUCGAAGCCGCCAGUCGUCGAGGCCAAGACGGUUUAUGAGGCAAAGCCAGAGAUCCGUGACUUGCGGAAGGAAGCUGUCAACAAAUUUGUACCCGCGGUGGUCCGAAUGAAGCAAGAUUCCAUCAGAGGCACGGGUAAAUUGCUAGAGCCGGAGGAAAUGGACAAGCUUGAGAAGGCUGGGUAUAUGGCUGGGCCGGCUGGAGCUAGUCCAAGCACCACGACACAACAAGAACAAGAAUCUACGGCCGAGGAGCUGCGGUUAUUGGAAGAGGAAGAGAGACGGUUUAAUCAAGAGAUGAAGAAGCAGGCUCACGUGGAAGAAGUUGAAGACGAGGAUGCUUAA